GCCUCCUCCCGCACGGACCCAUGAGCCAGCCGGGCGGCGCGGCGGCUCCGCAGUUGACAAAUGUCCCUCUGCUAAGACAAUAGCAAAGUGCUCCCUCUUCCUGGCUGGAAAGGCUCCGGGGAAAGUUCUGCACACACUGGAUGAAACAGACCCGCUGGUGGCUCACCUCAGGUUUGGAGUUGGGCGUUAGCAGAAAGUGGCUGCAGUUGUCAUGUAGCUUCCCAAAGGCUGACGGAGCCAGUGCAGCUGGAAGGAAAGGCACGUCCAGCAGGGAACGCUUGAAGCGUAGCCAGAAAAGCACGAAGGUGGAGGGCCCAGAGCUGGUGUGUGCCGAGGCCUCGCUGAUUGCUGAGCAGGGGACGAUGACUGAAGUGAAGGUGAAGACGGAGCUACCUGAUGACUAUAUCCAGGAGGUGAUUUGGCAGGGCGAGGCCAAGGAGGAGAAGAAGGCAGCCGGCAAGGAUGGGACCGGGGACGUGCCCGCCGAGAUCUGUGUGGUGAUCGGUGGUGUCCGCAACCAGCAGACGCUUGGGUCCUAUGAGUGUGGGAUCUGUGGCAAGAAGUACAAGUAUUACAACUGUUUCCAGACCCACGUACGGGCACACCGAGACACCGAAGCCACCUCAGGGGAGGGAGCCUCCCAAAGCAACAAUUUCAGGUACACAUGUGACAUCUGUGGAAAGAAGUACAAAUAUUACAGCUGCUUUCAAGAGCACCGAGACCUGCACGCGGUGGAUGUGUUUAGUGUGGAAGGGGCCCCCGAGAAUCGGGCAGACCCCUUCGACCAAGGUGUUGUGGCCACUGACGAGGUGAAGGAAGAGCCUCCGGAGCCAUUCCAAAAAAUUGGGCCAAAAACUGGCAAUUACACCUGUGAGUUCUGCGGGAAGCAGUACAAGUACUACACGCCCUACCAGGAGCACGUGGCCUUACACGCCCCCAUCAGCUCUGAGGGUCCCCAGACUGAGAGCGUGACCCUCUCAGGUGCCGCCCCCGGGUGGGAGCCGCCGGAUGAUCCAGACACGGGCUCCGAGUGUUCCCAUCCAGAGGUUGCCCCAUCUCCACGCUUCGUGGCAGCGAAGACCCAGGUGAGCCAGUCCGGGAAAAAGGCUCCGUCCUCCGUGGUCCGAUGUACCACCCUCCUCCACCGCACCCCUCCAGCCACCCAGACACAGACGUUCCGCACUCCAAAUUCGGGAUCUCCGGCCAGCAAGGCAACCGCAGCAGAAAGCGCCUUCAGUCGGAGAGUAGAAGGCAAAGCACAAAACCACUUUGAAGAGACCAAUAGCAGCUCGCAGAACUCCAGCGAAACUGCAAGUCCCCUGAUUUCCAAUCCUUUCCCUCUCCUGCAGAAGCCCUAUACCUGCGGCGCCUGUGGGAUCCAGUUCCAGUUCUACAACAACCUGCUAGAACACAUGCAGUCCCACGCAGCUGACAAUGAAAACAACAUCACCUCCAACCAGUCCCGAUCACCACCUGCUGCAGUGGAAGAGAAGUGGAAACCUCAGGCCCAGAGGAACAGUGCCAACAACACCACCACCAGUGGUUUGACACCCAACAGUGUGAUCCCUGAGAAGGAGCGGCAGAACAUCGCAGAGCGUCUGCUCCGGGUCAUGUGUGCCGACCUGGGCGCACUGAGUGUGGUCAGUGGCAAGGAGUUCCUCAAGUUGGCCCAGACCUUGGUAGACAGUGGCGCUCGCUACGGGGCCUUUUCAGUCACUGAAAUCCUGGGUAAUUUUAACACACUAGCACUAAAACACCUGCCACGUAUGUACAACCAGGUGAAGGUGAAGGUGACAUGUGCCCUGGGCAGCAACGCCUGCUUGGGUAUCGGUGUCACUUGUCACUCUCAGAGUGUUGGCCCGGACUCCUGCUACAUCCUCACGGCCUACCAGGCCGAGGGCAACCACAUCAAGAGCUACGUGCUGGGUGUGAAGGGCGCAGACAUCCGCGACAGCGGUGACCUGGUGCACCACUGGGUCCAGAACGUGCUGUCGGAGUUCGUGAUGUCAGAGAUCCGGACGGUGUACGUGACCGACUGCCGUGUGAGUGCGUCUGCCUUCUCCAAGGCCGGCAUGUGCCUUCGCUGCUCAGCCUGUGCCUUGAACUCCGUAGUGCAGAGUGUGCUGAGCAAGCGGACACUGCAGGCCCGCAGCAUGCACGAGGUCAUCGAGCUGCUCAAUGUGUGCGAGGACCUGGCUGGCUCCACGGGCCUCGCCAAGGAGACCUUCGGCUCACUGGAGGAGACAUCCCCGCCUCCCUGCUGGAACUCGGUGACAGACUCGCUGCUGCUGGUGCAUGAGCGCUACGAGCAGAUCUGUGAGUUCUACAGCCGGGCCAAGAAGAUGAACCUCAUCCAGAGCCUCAACAAGCACCUGCUGAGCAACCUGGCCGCCAUCCUGACACCCGUGAAGCAGGCAGUCAUCGAGCUGAGCAAUGAGAGCCAGCCGACCCUGCAGCUGGUGCUGCCCACCUAUGUCCGGCUGGAGAAGCUGUUCACGGCCAAGGCCAAUGACGCGGGCACCGUCAGCAAACUGUGCCACCUUUUCCUGGAAGCGCUCAAGGAGAACUUCAAGGUGCACCCAGCCCACAAAGUGGCCAUGAUCCUGGACCCGCAACAGAAGCUGCGGCCAGUGCCACCCUACCAGCACGAGGAGAUCAUCGGCAAAGUCUGUGAGCUCAUCAAUGAAGUGAAGGAGUCCUGGGCCGAGGAGGCUGACUUUGAGCCCGCCACCAAGAAGGCUCGCUCCACUGCCGGCGAGCACCCCGUGGCCCAGGAGGACGACCGGCUGGGGAAGAAUGAAGUGUACGAUUACCUGCAGGAGCCCCUCUUCCAGGCCACCCCAGAUCUCUUCCAGUACUGGUCAUGUGUGACCCAAAAGCACACGAAACUCGCCAAGCUCGCCUUCUGGCUCCUGGCAGUUCCUGCUGUGGGAGCGCGAAGCGGGUGUGUGAAUAUGUGUGAACAAGCACUUCUGAUCAAAAGGAGACGACUGCUCAGUCCAGAAGACAUGAACAAGCUCAUGUUUCUGAAGUCUAACAUGCUUUAAGACUUGACUUUAGAAAAAAGAAAAAAACAAAAAAGAGAAACAAAACAAAAAGAAAGGAAAACCUUAGAAAAACACACAACACUGUCACAAAGAAAAAAAAUUAAGUUCUAAACACUGUGGACCUCAUUGUAAACGCCCCCUGGAAACUUAAGUGCUUUUUUUUUUUUUUCAGUGUGUGUGUGUGCACGAGUCCAUACCUCCAUGUGUGGCGUGAACAUGCAUGCCAUGGUGUGGGGUGCAGGGGAACUCCAUGCUCAUCUGCACAGCCAGAGAAGCUCUACACACACGUGCACACACACACACACACAACCCUGGUGCAUGUACACGCCCCUGCUUGCAGGCGUGUGUGCAGUGAGCUGGGUGUGUCAGGAAAACCGAGCGAUGGGGAAAGCGGGAGAAGUCUCACCUUUCUCGGGCAGGGGCUCUAAGGACUCUGUUUUCAGGUGUGCGGAUUGGGAGAAGCUGAUGUGAAAUGUUCAGGCAGCUGACAUCUGAAGUGACUUGACCCUCCCUUUCUUCCACCCUCAGACUCCUUCUCAUCACUUCCCUCCCCACCCCAUGGUGCCCACCCACUGCCCCCAGCUGCUCUGCACAGCUUCUCCAGGCUGCAUCUGAUGGGCAGUUUCUGCACUGGACUUUGUUUCUCGUUCACCUUCAGGGCAUUGAGCCGCUGCGUCCGUGACGGCCUUUGGGUGUCACGAGCAGCCGCCUUAGAACACACCCAUCUGUCUCCCCACAUCAGGAGAGGAGGCUUUAAGAAUAUAAAGUGGACGUUUUGUUCUUUAACAUAGAGAAAAAGACAUUUUUCAGAGAAGUCUAGAAAACUGUCUCCACUCAAUAUUUUUUCCAACAUUUUAGCAAUCUUUAUCUUUUGGGGGGUUUCAGUUUUUUCCAGAUUUGAUUUAGACUCUGCUAGGAGGCACUGAAUGUCUAUAACUUAUGUAUGUAUGUUCCUUUGUUUUGUUUUGUCUUACUUGCCCUUUUUGUUCCGCAAGUCACACUGUAAACUAGCUCAUCUCAGUGGCACGUUCAGGAUCCUUCCCACCUGCACAGUCCAGUUUUCACAUAUUCACAAGGCCAAGGUUGUGGCUAUGCUGUCUGGAGUGAGGGUGGGUGGGAAGGAGUUGUGGGUCACUUGGCUGUGAGGCUUGGUGGAAGCCAUAGAGGCAGCAGUGGCUUAGGGGUCCUGAAUGGAAGCAGAAGUGGCUUCCUGGUUCACAUGGGGUUCUGCUAAGGUCUGCCUCUGUACACAGACUGCUUUGCACUCCUCACCACAUUCCCACUCUCAGCUCGGCAGGAACUCCUGUGUUUGUCCAUAUUUACAUCUGCCACACCCCAGGCCCACAGUCUCCUUUCCCCUCCCCAGGGCCCCAGGGAUUCAGGGGUCCACAGCCCUCAGGGGUUCCCCACAGGCACCUCAGAGCUCCACCCAAGACAGCGGUGGGUGCAUAAUGCCUUGUGGACCAAAUAGCUGGUGUCCCGCCGUGGACACCUUCGACUCGAUGCUGUGAAAGGGGUCAGAAGGCCGCUCUUCUGAUCCCCAGCCAGGAGCACAUGCUUCUAUACACAGUUCAGAUGCCAAGAAGAGGGAAUAGCAUUCUCUUUACCAGAGAAAGGUCAACCCUCAAAUCCCUCCCCACACCUCUCUGGGAAUAAAAAUCUUGGGGUCCCUGGUCCCUCCAGGUGACCAGGGCUGUGUGAUGGGGCUUCAGGCUGAGAAUGGCCACCCUUUGGGGGCUAUUUGCAAAGGCACCUCUGCUAUCCUGGGGCUUGCACUGCCCCUUCCUGGUCACAGAGCAUUACUCAACUAUGAGAUACCUCGAUUACGAAAGCACUGUACUACAGUCCUCUCCCCGCGUCACCAGCAGGAGGGGAGUGACGUUGGCUUAAAGAUUCAAGAAGGUUUAGGAUCACGGUCAUUGGCCUAGGAUGCUGUCCUCAAGGACCAAGCCUGCACUCUUCGCCUCACAAGAGCUAACCCAGAAUCCCUACAUAUUCUUAAACACACAGAUGGAUGGAUCACAGGGGUCAUUUCCACAUUUGCUUUGGCAAGCCAUGGUCUCAGGAACCACCAUCCAGUUCUGGUUUUGGAGAAGCUCUAGGUGUUUCUACCACAAUGUCUUCAUUUUGGGUUACACCAUCAAAAAAGACUCAUCCACAAUGGAAUUAUUCAGACAAGAAUCGAAUGUUGCUCCCUGGAUCAUAUGGGAACAUGGAUGUCUCAGGGUGUUCCAGAAAGUGGACUCUGCACUGCUGAUGAUGGAUAUCUCCAGCCUUGCUUGACUGUCCAAGAUGGGCCCUGACCUGGCACUCAUAGCCACAUUGGAAGCACAGGAGCUGGGCACUUCAUAGGGUCAGUGAGAGCAGUUGGGCGGGGCUGCUGCCAUUGGGCCUGUGAAUGCGAAACCAUAGAAACCAGGCAUAUUGUCCCACAAGCUGCCAGCCAAGCCCAGAUGUUCAUUUAGAGCCCUGAGCAUUCUCCUCUUCAGAGCAUAGAAUAUUUCCCUCCAGAAAAAAAAUCAGAGAAAGUCAUGUUGAACUUCAGGCAUCUGGUCACAGGUUGUCAACCCACGUCCAGCUUUUUUGCACCUCAGUUUAACACUUAAAGCUUAGCCUUCCUCUGUGGGUGUGUUGUCUCUCACUAGCUCCUCAGAAGCCUGUCUCCUGGGCUGCCUCCUCCUCAUAGAUGGCAAGAUGGCAAGCAGUCAUGUCUCUCUUGCAUCCUCUGGCUCUCCAGAAACUGGGUUCAAAACCAAGGAAGGCUAUACCCAGGUGUCCUCCCUGCCUGCUCCCUCAUGAAGACCAUCCCCACAGUGAAAAUCCUGCAACAAACAGCUUAAUAAAACCCAAAGAUCUCCCAGGUCCAGCCACAGCCCCUUAACAGCAAUACCCACCUUACCAAGUUCUAGUUCUGCCAAAGCGCUAGGGCUUUUCCAGUUCACCUCCUGGGGCCCAGCCUUCCCCUGACCAUUGGAAGGAUUUUGUCAUCCCAGUGCUGUGAACACUGUAGCUGUUUCUACUACAGGCCUUUGGGGGCCAGGGAGUCAGACCAUUUCUCUCAUGUGCUCACUGCUGACUUGAAUACAGCUUGCCUGGAGCUGUGUGGUUGCCUGACAGAAAUGAUCUUUGUAUUGACAUCCACGGACCCAAGAAGAAAGAUGGAGAAAGUCCACCUCCAUUUAGCAGGCUGUUCUAAGACCCUCAUAUGACAUCACUUUGUUUGGCCCACAAAGCCUAAGCCAAGUCCUGCAGCAUCAGGCACGGUCUUGGCUUUGUAAUCGCCUCAGAGGUCCCAUGUUUGUGAGGCGCAGUGGGACCUCCCAGGUUGUGUGUGGAAGCAGUUGUGUAUCCCAGCACAGUUCUCCAGUUCCCAACACCUCUGUCCAUGGGCCAGGUGGCAUUUAGAAACCAGGAAGCAGAAAGGGCACUACCUGAGCAGAACUGUACGUACUUCCCUUCUGGGAAGUGGUUCCUGCUGCUUCACAAAGAUGCGUCACCACCAUCCACCACGGAGCCUCUCCACACAUGGCAUGCAGGGGUGGGGGAGGGGCUUCUGUAGAUGGCAAGUUGUGGAUCUCCAGCAUCUAUCUGGGAACUCAUUUGAACACUUCUGUGUAGGCUGCCCACAGUCCUCUCAGUUUCACAACUUGUAUCUCCUGCACUUUAAGAAGCACCAGAGAAGAAUUUUGCAAGGCAUGUUUUCCACUGUGAAGCCAAACUUCUGCCUCAGGAAACCCCCUUUUCUUGAACAAGGCACCCUGUACUUGGGCCAGGCUAUUUUAACAACAGGCACGUGGGGAGAACCCGGAUACAGCUAUGCUCUGGGGACGCAGAGACACCAGAAAGGUUCACAGAGAGGCCAGGAUGUGGGUACAGAAGGGAGGCCCUUUGAGAUACCCAGACCUUGUCACCUUUGGUGGUGCUUGAAGCGGGCACAGCAGGCCGCCUCCUCCCCAGAUACCUAGCUUUCCCUGGCCUUGGGAAUAAUGUGACAUCGCUGUGUCUGGGAUGUAUCUGGAGGACGGUCCCAGGGAGGCAGAACCAAGACUAAGUGAGGCUCAGGCUACGCCCUGUGGACUAUAGGUGGGGACUCCUGUCCCCAGGGUAGUGGGAGGGCUGGCAAGGAAGCCACUCCUCGCCUUCACUGUGGCUAAUGUUUGCUAGGCCAGUUAUGGCGAACCAAUGAUACAGUGUUUCCCUUUUAUGUUUCCUUCCCAGUCUCCCCUUUGCAGGACUUUUAGGGGGAUUUUCUUGCUGUAGUUUUCUUUCCUCUCAUUCGGGUCUGAGGACAGUAGUCAGAAGCUCUGGCUUUGAACCAGGGAACCUGUGGUUUCUGGGCAAAGAGGUAUCUGCGCUCACCAGAGCCCCUGCAGGUGUGAGGCAGCAGCGUGGCAGAAGGCGUCCCUUUCAGAGCUGCACUCCUGCAUAGAGAAUUUGCUAGGCUUGCAGUGGCACGAGAGCAUCAUGACCCACCAGGGUCCCACCCGCCCAAGCACUCCACAGGACACUUUGACUUUUAGAACCAAAGUUCCUUAAAGAGGCAUAAACCAACUUGCCCACUGUCUCAGGAGCCUGGAUUUCCUAAAAUGCCAGUUGGUCCAAAGCCUGCCAGAAGGAACGCUCCUCCCACAGCUCAGGAGCCAACCGGCUUUCCUAGGACACAGCCAGGGUGGGUGGUUCCCCAGGAAGGGAGUGAGCUAAGUGGCCUGGCCUGAGCUAACCUCAUCAGCCAAGGCAGAGGAGGAGCCACGAGGCCAGGCCCUCCAGACCCUAAGCAUCAGGAAGUCAUUGUACAACCACCCAAAACGGACAUGCUUCAUAAGAAGCAUCAAUUUCAGUUUUCAGAUCCUCCCUUCUUUCCCCCACAACCUCAUGUUAGUGAUUCGUUCACAUCAGGUAAACCUUGAGAACGCCUUGGUGCCCUGUCCCUCCUACCCCCCACUCAGUGACCAUGUGUGUGCACCCCAUUCUUUCUCAGUAGUAAAGACAUUCUAGGCAAUACCAUGGACACAUCAGUGUCUCGCUUCAAGUGCAAGAAACUCAAGUCAUCUUUAAAAAAAAAAAUACAAAAAAAAACAAAAAAAUAUCUUUUUUAGGCCAGAGUUUUCUACAGGUAUUAAUGAAUAUUUUUCUUAAUCCUUAUAAGUUUUAUGUGUUUAAUAUUUCUUAAUACCGGUAGCAUUAAUUUAUACUUUUGUAGCAACACAAUAUUUUUAUAAAUAGCCAGUGCUUGGCUCAAGUCUUCACGGGGGUUUAUGCAGGGCCAUCUUAGGGACCCUGUGGACCAUGUACUGUAUUUAAAAAAAAAAAGUUACCUAAAGUUUCCUAGUGUCACACUUGCUGUGUUAAGAAAGAGUUGUUGGCGGUCUCCUGUAUGGUUGGUAUGGACCCAACAGUUCUCCAAGGAGUCCCGUUGCAUGGGAGUUGAGUUGAUGGUUCUCGUGAUACGUAAACCUCCGAGACCAAACUGGAGGGUUUAUUUAGAAUUUUCUCUGUGUCUUUUGGGUUUUUUUGUUUGUUUGUUUCACUUUAUUUUGGUACCAUUUCUCCAUUUGCAGCCAAAUCAGUUUCAUGAUGUUGAAAACUUUUACUGAUGUCAAAUGGAGGAAAGGAAUAGGAAAAAAAAAGAGAGAUUUUUACAAAGUAAUAAAAAUUUUAAAACUGAACUGUUUAAAUGUUGCUGUUUUUACCUGUCUAUUCUUGUCCAAAAGUGGAAUAUUCCCUGGGAGAAGAGGAAGGUUCCACCGGGUUCCUUAAAUCACCAAAAGCCCCAGCCCUGAGCUCAGUACCUGCCCCCCCACUUCCCAGUUGGUUCAUGCCAAGGCAAAGACAUCCUUGUAAUGAUAGAGGGGAUCGGUCGCCUAAGCGAGUUCAUGUCAGUGUUGUAUUUAUGGUUUUACAAUAAAACAACCUUUAGGAA